AUGCCAGAACUCUUUCAAGAAAUUGAGAAUGACGCUCGCACUGGAGGGUCCCUGUUUGAUGCCUACUUUACAAAUCCGACCAUAUUGGGAUCGACGGCCACCUCAAAUGCCUUUUUGGAUCUGACUCCAUACGUUAGAGAUAGUCAAUAUUCGGAUUGGACAGAUGUCUUGUUGGCUUUAAGGACGCACGUGACGAGUUUUGAAGAAAAGAUUUACAUUAUUCUGUUCGAUGGGGAUACUCAUACUUUGUUUCAUCGCAAGGACUGUUGGGAUAUGACGAAAUAUGAGUUUUUACGUUCCGAAAAGAAACUAUUCAA